CCCCAGGCCAUCCAUCGGCCGACCUUAGGUCUCACACCAUAUAAAUAUAACUAUCCUCAAGCAUUCUUAGCAUACACGGUGUGGGCGCUGCAAUUCUGGACCUUUGGAUAAUAAUCAACCAAGAUGCAGCUGGCACCGAAAGAGCUCGACAAGCUCGUCAUCACACAGCUCGGACUCCUCGCCCAGCGACGCCUGGCUAGGGGCGUGAAGCUGAACCAUGCUGAAGCCACGGCCCUGAUUGCGAACAAUCUGCAAGAACUCGUCCGCGACGGCAACCACACCGUCGCCGACCUCAUGUCCCUCGGCAAAACCAUGCUCGGCCGCCGCCACGUCCUGCCCAGCGUCGUCCACUCGCUCGCCGAGCUGCAGAUCGAAGGCACCUUUCCCACGGGAACCUAUCUCGUCACCGUCCACCACCCGAUCAGCUCCGACGACGGCGAUCUGGACAGGGCGCUGUACGGCAGUUUCCUGCCCGUGCCGAGCCAGGAUGUGUUUCCGCUGCCGGAUCCGGGCGUGUAUGAGCGGGAGCGGCAGCCGGGUGCCGUGGUGGCGGUCAAGGGGCGGGUGGUGCUGAAUGAGGGGCGGAAGAGGAUUUGCUUGAGGGUGGUGAGUAUGGGGGAUAGGCCGAUUCAGGUCGGUUCGCAUUAUCACUUCAUCGAGACGAAUCCGCAGCUCAAUUUCGACCGUGUGCGUGCGCAUGGCUACCGCUUGGAUAUUCCGGCCGGCACCUCGGUUCGCUUCGAGCCGGGCGAUUCGAAGACGGUGACGCUGGUGCAGAUUGCGGGCAACCAGAUCAUCCGCGGUGGGAACAAUAUCGCGUCGGGCUAUAUUGGGGACACGAGUAUUGCCGAUGGGAUCGUGCAGAAGCUGCUGGACGGUGGCUUCCUGCAUACCCCUGAGCCGGCUGCGGAUAUGCAGCUGGAUGCAUAUACCAUGGAGCGGGAGUCAUAUGUCAGCAUGUUUGGCCCGACGACAGGCGACCUGGUGCGACUCGGCGCCACCGAUUUGUGGAUCAAGGUCGAGAAGGACUACACAAACUACGGUGACGAAUGUACUUUUGGCGGUGGCAAGACUCUUCGCGAGGGGAUGGGCCAGGCUGGCGGACGAUUAGACAAGGAGACUUUGGAUACCGUCAUCACGAACGCGCUGAUUGUCGACUGGACUGGCAUCUUCAAGGCCGACAUUGGAAUCAGGGAUGGAAUCAUAGUUGGUAUUGGCAAGGCUGGAAAUCCUGAUAUCAUGGACAACGUGGACCCUAACCUCGUUGUCGGCGCGUGUACAGAUGUCAUUGCCGGCGAGGGCAAGAUCAUCACCGCCGGCGCCUUUGACACCCACAUCCACUUCAUCUGCCCUCAACAAGCCUACGAGGCCAUUGCAUCCGGAGUCACGACCAUGCUCGGUGGCGGCACAGGCCCAAGCACCGGCACCAACGCAACAACAUGCACCCCCGGCGCCACGCACAUCCGCCAAAUGCUCCAAGCCGUCGACUCCCUCCCGCUCAACUUCGGCAUCACCGGCAAAGGCAACGACUCCUCCCCCGAGCCCCUCCGCGAACAGGCCCUCGCCGGCGUCGUCGGCCUCAAGCUCCACGAAGACUGGGGCACCACGCCCGCCGCCAUCGACGCCUGCCUCACCGUCUGCGACGAGCACGACAUCCAAACCCUCAUCCACACCGACACCCUCAACGAAUCCGGCUUCGUCGAAAGCACCGUCGCCGCUUUCAAAAACCGCGUCAUCCACACCUACCACACCGAGGGCGCCGGCGGCGGCCACGCCCCCGACAUCAUCUCCGUCGUCCAGCACCCAAACGUCCUCCCCUCCAGCACAAACCCCACCCGCCCCUACACCCGCAACACCCUCGACGAACACCUCGACAUGCUCAUGGUCUGCCACCACCUCAACCGCGACAUCCCCGAAGACAUUGCCUUUGCCGAGUCGCGCAUCCGCGCCGAGACCAUCGCGGCCGAAGACGUCCUCCACGACCUCGGCGCCAUAAGCAUGAUGUCCAGCGACUCCCAGGCCAUGGGCCGCUGCGGCGAAGUCAUAACCCGCACCUGGAACACCGCCCACAAAAACAAGCUCCAGCGCGGCCCGCUCCCCGAAGACGCUGGCUCGCACGCAGACAACUUCCGCGUCAAGCGCUACAUUAGCAAAAUCACAAUCAACCCCGCCAUCGCACAGGGCAUGGCCCACCUCAUCGGCUCCAUCGAACCCGGCAAACUCGCCGAUCUGUGCCUCUGGACCCCCGCGAAUUUCGGCGUCAAGCCUGCGACGGUGAUUAAGAGCGGCAUGAUUGCCUAUGCGCAGAUGGGCGACGCGAAUGCCUCGAUUCCGACCGUCGAGCCGGUGCUCAUGAGGCCGAUGUUUGCGCCGUUGACGCCGGGGUCGUCGGUAACAUUCGUGUCGGCUGCGAGUUUGGAGAGCGGGGUGGUGGCGGGGUAUGGGUUGCGGAAGCGCGUGGAGGCGGUGAGGGGGUGUCGGGUCGUUGGGAAGCGGGAUAUGAAGUUUAAUGAUAGGAUGCCUGUUAUGCGGGUUGAUCCGGAGCGAUAUAUCGUCGAGGCAGACGGCGUCGUAUGCGCGGCCGAGCCCGCGACCGAAUUGCCCCUUACCCAGGCGUACUUUGUCUACUAAACUCCAUCUAUCAGCCUAUUCUCCCACAUCUCCGCGUCCUAGAAAUAUAUGGCAUAUAAAAGAUAUAAGAUAUAAGAUAUAAGAUAUGAAAUAUACACAACCA